AUGGUAGAAGACACCGAAACGAGGACCAAAGGAGGCAGAAAAGGCAAGAACACCCAGGUUCGGGUCGAUAAUAAUGCCACGAGCGAGAACGAGCCGGAGGCCAUCAAUGAUGAAGCCGACGAAGACACCGAUUCCGACUCCGACUUUGAUGAUGGUGACAAGCGAUAUAACUUUCGCACCCUAGCAAAGCUCCUCGAACCCGUGCCAAAGCUCACGUCACGAAACUAUCAUAGCUGGAGCGCCCACGUGAAAUCUUUCCUCCGAUCCGUGCCUCAUGCGAUGAAACAUCUCGAGGGAACGUACGACAAGAAACACCCGAAAUGGAGCCGCUCCCUCGACGAUGCUUUAAUCAACGCCCUGCGUGGAACAAUCGACACUACCGGAGAACACAAUGUAAAUUACCUCGUUCUAGAUGUAAUCAAGGAGUACCUUACUUUCAACCAAGUGUGGAGAAAGAUCGAAAACGGUCUCACGAAUGAAGCCACCAAGACGUCUCACAGACUUGCGCUUAUCUCGCAACUCAACGAUACAAAGAUGUUUAACUCGGACGCCAGAAAGCUAAUUCAAGAGAUCCGGUCCAUACAAACCGAAAGCAGCCUCCUCGGCAAACCAUUCGCCGAUGAUACAUUGUUCUCGGCUCUGCAGAAAUGCACGAUCCGGCAUCCGGUGUACAAGGAGACGGUUGCCACCGUCCAUCAAAUCGAUUUCAACGCCCUUGCCACCGCACUAAGCAUCCGGCAGACCGCUGUCGAGAGCGUCCCCGCACAAAGGAUCGACCCUUGA